UAUGCAUCUUUAUUAGAUUCUAUGGCAGUAAACGUGGUUCAUUUGAGUUUUGUUUACAAAAAAUUUACAAUUUUUUUAUUUUUAUGAUAACAUAAUAACAAUGAUUCCUAAAACUCUUAGACAAAGUCCUGUGGUCAUUACUCCUAAUAGAAAUUUGACUGGUAGACCAAGAAUAGCCAGAGACACCAUUGCAGACAUUCAUAACGCAAUUCAAAAAUGGAAUAACUAUCAUAUAGCAGGAAUAGAAAUCACCAUAGAAAUUAUUAGCAUUAUUUCUGGGAGUCCACCUAAUGAGUUGAUGGAAAAUUUAACUUUUGAUUUAAAUAAGUUGGUGAAUAACUGUGCGGAACUUGUCAAGGAUAUGGAGUUAUUCUAUGAGCGUAUAUCAGCUUUAGCCGAGAAUCAAGAAGGUGAAGUCCUUUUAAUGUCUAUGUCCUCUAGGGAGAUGAAACAAUCAUUCAGAUAUAUUUAUGAAGCUUAUGAAAAAGAAUUGAAGAAAAAAAAAUGGGUCUUGGAAAAUAUUGCUUUCAGUACGUCAGAAAGUCAAGCAGUAUUAUUUGGUUGUACUUGGAAAUACCAAUUGGAAAUUGAUUACGAAGUUGAUAGGAUCCUUCAGGACCUUCUCAGAGAUAGUGGUCACAAGAUGAUUUAGUCAGUUUUAAGAUUUUAUAAAAGAAAACAUUCAGGAAAUUUUUUAUAAGGAAUAAAUAAGGUUUUCUAAUUUUCCUUCAAAGGAGUUCAGCGAACACUCAGACAAAUUUAGAUCUACCAUUUCCAAGUGACAUUUCAAUUUUGCUUGUUUCAUGGGAAGUAGAUGGCGGUUAAAUCUUAAAUGAAAAACUGUAAAUCAUUUGUAGUCCAUAGUCAUAGUCAUUUAUUUUUCAAUCAAAAAUUUACAUGGACUGUCAAUUAAAUAUUAAAUAUAAGAAAUAAAAAAAUGCAUACAUAUAAGUACAUAUACAAAACGAAACAACCAUCACAAACUUUGCAGAUCAGCCACACCAUCAAAAAACUCCCCCACACUAUAAAACUCGCCCUGCAUCAACAAUCUCCUGGUAGAAUACUUAAAUUAGCCCAUAGUUUGGCUACUGGUUAGAAACCUAUGCUUUAUACACAUGAUAUAUCGGUAUGUAGUGAUUUUUAUCGAGAUAAGAAGGCAAUCAUUAAAAAAAAAAGAAUAGAGACGUCAAGGUAUUAUUUCUGAAAUAAAACUUACAUUUUUGUGGCUCCACUUUGAUAAAAAAGAAUUUGAAAUGGAUAUAAAAAGUUAUUCGUAGAAGAUGAACUGAAAAAGGAAAAAAAUUAAAGAAAAAAUUUUCAGUUUCAUCAAAAAGAAAUUGAUUAGAAAUCAAAAUUAAAAUAAUAAUGAGACCACAAAUAUUAGAGUGAAGGUUUCAUUUUUAUUGAGAUUUAGAGAAGAGCAUAGCAUUAAUGGAAAAGAUGAAUAUCCUAUUCAAAAAUAGAUUAAAGAAAUUUAAGAGUUGAUUGGAUGGAAUGAACUUCGGAAAUUGAUAUUUGGAAAAACAUUUUUGACGGGACUCUCAAAGCUUUUUAUUUAAUAUGGAAGAGGAAUUUGAAAGUUGUUGAUUCUGAAAAAUAAGUUGGUUGAAGAAUAUGAGGUAAAAGUGAGUAGUGCUCAAUUUAUAAAUUGCUAAUGAUAAGAAAGAAAAAGGAAGAAAAGGCAGUGCAAUUUGAUAGAUAAAAAAGGAGCAAAUAUUGAAUAACAAGUUCUGAUUGAAUAUAUCAUUGAUGGUAUUCUGGAUGAUAUUUCCAAUAAAAUUUACCAAAUUAUUUUCAAAGGAGCUAAGAAUUCAAAGAAAAAGUGAUAAUAUAUGAACAAAUCUCAACCAUCAAAGGAUCCUCGGGACCAGAAUGUAACAGAGAAACUAGGAAAGGUAACGUGAACUAUCUUUAAGAACCCAGUCGAAUCCCAUUUCAACUAUGGAGUUAAAGGUCAUCUGUUCAACAAAUGUCUU